AUGCAUUGUUCCAAGCAGCCUAAAUACUUCCAGAGUCUGGUGCUUCUGCAUUGGCCCUUGAGCUACCUUGCCAUAUUUUGCAUCUUGGUGCCAUUGUUCCUUUACCUGCUGUUUACAUCAUUUUGGCUGCUACCAGUUCUUUACUUUGUCUGGUUGUUCCUGGACUGGAAGACCCCAGAUCAAGGUGGCAGACGUUCAGCCUGGGUACGGAAUUGGUGUGUCUGGACCCACAUCAGGGACUAUUUUCCCAUCACAAUAGUGAAGACUAAAGACCUGCCACCUGAGCACAACUACCUCAUGGGGAUUCACCCCCAUGGCCUUUUGACCUAUGGCGCCUUCUGCAACUUCUGCACUGAGGCCACAGGCUUCUCGAAGAUCUUCCCAGGCAUCACUCCAUACUUGGCCACGCUGUCCUGGUUCUUCAAGGUCCCCCUUAUUAGAGACUACCUGAUGGCCAAAGGCGUGUGCCCUGUGAGUCAGUCAGCUAUUGACUAUAUGCUGAGCCACGGUACUGGUAACCUCGUGGGCAUUGUAGUGGGAGGGGUAGGAGAGGCCCUGAAAAGUGUGCCCAACACCACUACCCUCAUCCUCCAGAAGCGCAGGGGGUUUGUACGCACAGCCCUCCAGCAUGGGGUUCAUCUGGUUCCUACCUUUAUUUUUGGAGAAACUGAGGUGUACGAGCAGGUGCAGUUCCAUCCAGACAGCUGGAUGUACAAGGUCCAGAGCUGCUUCCGCUGUAUCUUUGGCUUCUACUGGUGUAUCUUCUAUGGACAAGGUUUCCACCAAGGCUCCAUUGGGCUCCUGCCAUACCGGCUGCCUAUCAUCACUGUGGUCGGGGAACCUCUGCCACUGCCGCAAAUCGAAAAUCCAAGCCAGGAGAUGGUGAAUAAAUACCACACACUCUAUUUGGAUGCCCUGCAGAAACUGUUUGACCAGCAUAAGACCCAGUAUGGCUUCUCAGAGACUGCGAAGCUGCUUUUCCUGUAA